CGAGAGAAAGAGCCACAAUCACAUAAGUUGGUGCGUCCCUUGACAUUUCCCGCUUUAACCUCACAUUCUAGAAACAUCAACAACUCAAAGGCCUUGGUGAAAUCGCAGCGAAAUUGUUACUUUUUGCCCCAAAAUCGUGCAAAUGCAGCCAGUGAAGAAGCUAAUCGAGCAACAGACCGGCUCAGCCCGCUGGAAACGCUACGACGAAGUAAUUAAGCGUCUCCGGUGCCCCAAAGAGGACGAAUACACCCAGUUACUAUCCUCCGAAGAUGUUAUUUGUGAUACCCCGAUCUUUGCGUGCAAAUUCGCGCAGCAAAAAUCAAACGAAAACUUGCUGGCUCUCGCUAACGAAGACGGCAAACUGGCCAUUCAAGACACCAGUAAAAAGCACGAGUCUUACGGGAUCCGGGCGCACAACAACGCUAUUUUCGACCUGUGCUGGAUGUUCGACAAUAUGAAGAUCGUGACGGCGUCAGGGGACCACACUGCGAAGCUCUUCGAUGUGGCGGAGGCCGACGUGAGAGAAAUUCGCUCUUUUUUCGGUCACACGCGCUCAGUUAAAACCAUUGCGUUCCGCAAAGAGGACCCGAGUGUCUUUGCGACUGGGGGGCGCGACGGCAAUAUCAUAAUUUGGGACACGCGGACACUCGGGGGUAGCUUGGUCGGGAAGGUCGAUAGGACCAUUUUUAACUCACACAAUACUAGAACUCCGGUCAAAACGCGCAAAAAGUGCACGUGUUUGAGUCCCUCGAGGGCGUCGAACGCCAAGUCAGUGACGGGGUUGGUCUUCCAAGACGAUAAUACGUUGAUUUCGUGCGGUGCCGGUGAUGGGGUUAUCAAAAUCUGGGAUUUGCGCAAGAAUUAUCUCUUUUAUAAGCAGGAGCCGCUGCCGAAGAACAAAAUCCCGUACGGGGGCACCACGACGAAGAACGGCUUCAGCAGUCUUAUCAUCGAUAGGGACUGUGUCAGGCUGUACGCCAAUUGUUUAGACAAUACGAUUUAUAGUUACAACGUUGGCACGUGUAAUCCUGAGCCCGUGAUGAGGUACACGGGGCACCAGAACAGCACUUUUUACAUUAAGGCGUGUCUCAGUCGCGAUGGCAAUUAUUUGAUUAGUGGGAGUAGCGACGAAAACGCGUAUAUUUGGAACACAAGUCAUUCGCGACCUUUGGUCCGAUUAACCGGACAUGUGGCGGAAGUCACGUGUGUGGCAUGGUGCGAGCGAGACGACCCGACUUUAGUCACAUGUUCCGACGACAUGUCCCACCGGAUCUGGCGAGUGGGCCCGGAGGAACUGCCGGAAAAUUGGGAAAUAAUCGGGAAAGGCCACGCCGAAGUGUUGCCUUUAAUCCCGGUCCAGUCCGAACUGAAGCGACCAAUUGAUGAAAUAAUCCCGAUUAGUAAAAAAAUGUCGCUUGCUUGCAAAAAGUGCGACAGUCCUUCCACCAGUGGCGUGUGCCAAAACUGUUGUUCUAACAACAAACGGAAAAUCGAUGAGGAAAUUUCCAACGAGACUAAGAGGUUUCACGGCGAAUUGGGGCCGAGGCGCCUUUUCCAAAAUUUGGAAAAUAAUGAUGAGAAGACGCUGACUUUGAAUUUGCCCAAUUAUGUGAUUGAUGGGGUGGCCCCACAUUUGAAUUUUUCGCCUCCCAAGAAAAAGGAUCAAGACUGGUUGACGAAAUUGCGUACGGAGAGGAAGUUUAAGCGGGAUUUUGAAACAGCCUCCACUUCGACGCCCCCGAAAGUGGCCAAGUUGGAGGCGACGCCGAAAAAAUGUGCGCCGAAAAGCCCCCUUUUGAGGUUUUUUAAAGUUAAGUGUGAAGGGCAUUCGUGUACGAAGUCUCAUUCAAACUGUAAUGUUGCGGCGCCGAAUACGCAAUCCAGUCAAUAAAUUAAGCACACAAUGUAUCUCAUAUUUUAAGACUUUGUAUUGUAGUUUUAAGCUGUCUUGUUUGUUUUUAUGAUUUUUUAUUAUACUAUGUUUUGUCUUGUUUUUGACCUGAAAUUAAUAAAAAAGUUUUAUUUUGAA